CUCUCUCUCUCUCGCUCUCUCGAGUCUCCACCACCCAAUAUCUCUCCCUCCCAUCUCUCUACUUCACAUUCCCCUCGCCCACUCCCCAUCUCUCCACUCUCAUCCACCACCAACCCCUCAAUGGCCUCGGCAUCGGCUCCGGCGAUCGCGUCCAUCACCGCCGCCCCGCGGAGAGCCCUCGCCGGCUCCGCGGCCUUCUUCAACCCAACGAAGCUCUCCACAGAGGCCGGAGGUUCGUACCCCCGUUAUUGCUGCUUCUGCCGCCGGCGCCGCAGCCUUGCGGUGAGCGCAUCAUCGCCGCCGUCCGGAGAGGACCGGGCGGUCGCGGGGAUGACGGCGCUGGCGCUGGCGGCGGCGCUGGUGAUCCCGGAGGUGGCGGAGGCCGCGCAGCCCGGGUUGUCGCCGUCGCUCAAGAACUUCCUGCUGAGCAUCGUCUCCGGCGGGGUCGUGCUCGGCGCGCUCGUCGGCGCCGUCAUCGGCGUCGCCAACUUUGAUCCCGUCAAGAGGGUCUGAAGACACCUCUUCCUCUCUUCAUAUAUAUAUAUAUAUAUAUAUAUAUAUAUAUAUAUAUAUA